AUGGCGCUUCAUGGGUCUGGAUCCUUAUGCAAAGUUUCAAACACUGUAGCGAGCACUUCUCUGCUUAGUGGGUCCACGAGGCUACUUCACUUGCCUAAGUCUUAUCUCAUUCACUACAACAUGGUUUCACCCAGCAACACAUUCACAUUUGGUCCUCUCAAGCUGCAUAACAAAGGCUUUCGUCUAAGGCCAUGUAGAGUUAAACGGGAAGAGAAUAACCAAACCACAGAUGUUGAAAGCAUAUCCGUAGACGAGGACACGUUGAAGCAAGAUCUCGAGACGGCGAUCAUAGAAGAAAACUACGUGGAGGCAGCUAAAAUCAGGGAUAAGCUAAAAUACCUUCAAGAAGACAACAAAGCCUCUGUUUUGUCUGCCAACACUCGGUUCUACCAAGCUUUCAGAAACGGGGAUUUAGCUGCGAUGCAGUCCUUAUGGUCAAAAACCGGAAAGCCCUGUUGUGUCCAUCCAGGAGCUAAAGGGAUUACCGGGUAUGACGACGUGAUGGAAAGCUGGGAAGUUGUGUGGAUGAACUACGAGUUUCCUUUACUGAUUGAGUUGAAAGAUGUUGAGGUUCAUGUUCGAGGAGAUGUGGGUUAUGUAACGUGUAUGGAGUUUGUGAAGACCAAAGGGAGUAGUAGCUGGGGAGCUCAGUUUGUGACUAAUGUCUUUGAAAAGAUCAAUGGGGAAUGGUUUAUAUGCAUUCACCAUGCUUCCCCUGUUGAUAUUUGA